AUGGGCGAGAUCCGGCGGCAGGGCAAGCUCUGCGAUGUGACGCUCAAGGUGGGGGAGCACAAGUUCAGCGCUCACCGCAUCGUGCUGGCCGCCUCCAUCCCCUACUUCCACGCCAUGUUCACCAACGACAUGAUGGAGUGCAAGCAGGAUGAGAUCGUCAUGCAGGGCAUGGAUCCCAGUGCUCUGGAGGCUCUGAUCAACUUUGCCUACAACGGUCACCUGGCCAUAGACCAGCAGAAUGUGCAGUCCCUGCUGAUGGGGGCGAGUUUCCUGCAGCUGCAGAACAUCAAGGAUGCUUGCUGCACCUUCCUCAGGGAGAGGCUUCACCCCAAGAACUGCCUGGGCGUGCGGCAGUUUGCAGAGACCAUGAUGUGCACGGUGCUCUACGACGCCGCCAACAGCUUCAUCCACCAGCACUUCGUGGAGGUCUCCAUGUCCGAGGAGUUCCUGGCCCUGCCCUUCGAGGAUGUCCUGGAGCUCGUUUCCAGGGAUGAGCUCAACGUCAAGUCUGAGGAGCAGGUGUUUGAAGCUGCCCUGGCGUGGAUCAGGUACGAGAGGGAGCAGAGGGAGCCCUUCCUGCCCGAGCUGCUGGCGCGGAUCCGGCUGCCGCUGUGCCGCCCGCAGUUCCUCAGCGACCGCGUGCAGCAGGACGAGCUGGUGCGCUGCUGCCACAAGUGCAGGGAUCUGGUGGAUGAGGCCAAGGAUUACCACCUGAUGCCCGAGCGGCGGCCGCACCUGCCGGCGUUCAAGACGCGGCCGCGGUGCUGCACGUCCAUCGCGGGGCUCAUCUACGCCGUGGGGGGGCUCAACUCAGCAGGCGACUCGCUGAACGUGGUGGAGGUGUUUGACCCCAUUGCCAACCGCUGGGAGCGGUGCCAGCCCAUGGGCACGGCGCGCAGCCGCGUCGGCGUGGCCGUGCUCAACGGGCUCCUCUACGCCAUCGGCGGCUACGACGGCCAGCUCCGCCUCAGCACCGUCGAGGUCUACAACCCUGACACCGACUCCUGGUCCAAAGUGGAAAGCAUGAACAGUAAGAGGAGUGCCAUGGGAACGGUGGUGCUGGACGGGCAGAUCUACGUGUGUGGUGGCUACGAUGGAAACUCAUCCCUCAACUCGGUGGAGUCCUACUCUCCAGAAACAAACAAGUGGACAACAGUGACCCCCAUGAGCUCCAACCGCAGCGCUGCCGGCGUCACCGUGUUCGAGGGACGCAUCUACGUGUCCGGGGGGCACGACGGGCUCCAGAUCUUCAACAGUGUGGAGUACUACAACCCGCACACGUCCAGCUGGCACUCGGUGGCGCCCAUGCUGAACAAGCGCUGCCGGCACGGCGCCGCCGCCCUGGGCAGCCGCAUGUUCGUGUGCGGCGGCUACGACGGCUCCGGCUUCCUGAGCGCCGCCGAGCUCUACAGCGCCGACCAGUGGUACGUGAUGGUGCCCAUGAACAGCCGCCGCAGCCGCGUCUCGCUGGUGGCCAACUGCGGCCGCCUCUACGCCGUGGGCGGCUACGACGGACAGUCCAACCUCAGCUCGGUGGAGAUGUACGACCCCGAGAGCAACCGCUGGACGUUCAUGGCGCCCAUGGUGUGCCACGAGGGCGGCGUGGGCGUGGGCUGCGUGCCGCUCCUCACCAUCUGA